UCAGCAUGCUGUACAAUGCUGUUAAGAGUUUACAGUAAGUUCUUACUAUUAAUUUUCCUUUUGCUGCAGAUCCAUCAGGGUACAGUUCCUGUCUCCUACACAGUGACAACAAUGGCACCACAUGGGAUACCACUUUGCACAGGCCAGCACAUCCCACCCUACAGCACACAGCAGGUCCCAGGGCGUUCAGUGGUUUUCAGUGGGCAGCACCUUCCAGUUUGCAGUGUGCCUCCUCCAAUGAUUCAAGCGUGCUCAGUUCAGCACCUACCAGUACCGUAUGCAGCAUUUCCACCCUUUAUUUCUAGCGACCCAUUCCUUUUGCACCCUCCUCAUCUGUCUCCACACCAUCCUCCUCACUUGCCUCCUCCAGGACAGUUUGUUCCUUUCCAAGCCCAGCAGUCACGUUCGCCAUUUCAAAGGAUAGAAAAUGAAGUAGAACUACUUGGAGAACAUCUUCCUGUAGGAGGUUUUACAUAUCCUCCCUCAGCUCAUCCACCAACGUUGCCUCCCUCAGCCCCUCUCCAGUUCUUAACUCAUGAUCCUUUACACCAGGAAGUAUCAUUUGGCGUUCCUUACCCACCGUUUAUGCCUCGAAGACUCGCAGGGCGCAGCAGAUACCGAUCACAGCAGCCGAUACCUCCACACCCUUACCAUCCUAGUCUACUACCUUAUGUGCUAUCAAUGUUCCCAGUUCCACCUGCAGUUGGACGAGCUUUCAGCAUUGAGCUGGAUGUGGAAGAUGGAGAGGUAGAAAACUAUGAGGCCCUGCUGAAUUUGGCAGAACGUCUGGGAGAAGCCAAACCACGAGGACUGACAAAGGCGGACAUCGAACAACUCCCAUCCUACAGAUUCAAUCCAAACAACCACCAGUCAGAACAGACACUGUGCGUGGUGUGCAUGUGUGAUUUUGAGUCAAGGCAGCUACUUAGAGUCUUACCCUGUAACCACGAGUUCCAUGCCAAGUGUGUUGAUAAAUGGCUUAAGGCAAAUCGUACCUGCCCAAUUUGCAGAGCUGAUGCUUCAGAAGUGCAUCGUGAUUAGAGUGACCAAUCUAAGAGCACAAAUCUGGUUUGGGUGUUCCUGGUCAUGUGUAUAUAUGAACUAUCUAUUGAACUUACCCAUGUGGCUUCCAGCCUUUUCCUUUACACAAAAGGGUCAGUGGACCUUACUUUGCACUGUGUGACUUAAUCAAUUAUAAAGCUUAUAACUAGUCUUCACAUCUACGGGAUUGUUAUACUAACAGUGUGAUUGGAACUCCAAAGAUUUUUUUCUUUAGCUUAAUUUUGUGUGUGCACUAACAUUCCCUGGUUUUUGUGUGAUCAUUCUGAGUGUUGCUGCGAGAUUACUGUGGAUGUGAUCUUUUAGCAUGUGCUUUUAUAUAAAAGAAAAAAAAGAAAAAAAAAAAAGUGGUAGCUCCAAACAGUAUAGCAAUCUACCUUAUAUAGAGCCUUCAGAUACUGUGAGUGGGAGUGAGUGGUGUGAAUGUUUGCUUGUGAGAGGAUGCGUGAAGUGUGCUUGGGAAUGAGUGUGCAUGUGUGUUUGAGAACCUAUAUACCAGCAUGUGCUGAGAACGUAUGUGUGUAGUAUUAAUUAUGCUGCAAUGUAUAAUCUUGUGUGUUAUUUAAACAGUACUAGUACUGUACACUGGUUCCUUUCCUUGUGUUUGCAGUUGCACACUAAAUACAAUGGGUGCAGCAAUUACAGACAUUUAGUAUUUCCUCCCCAAUGUACUUACAGGUACUUACCUGUCUACCUGCUAUUCAAACAAGCUGUUAUGCUUCCCUUUACUCGGAGGCUUUAAGUGCAUACCACUAAAGGGGUCAUUGAUUAUUCAUAGAUGAGUAAUGUUAGGUUUUAGCAUAUGUUACAGAGCUCAGAUUUUUACUUUGCUGAUUUACAAGUUAUUUUAUCAAUGUAAAGUUGCAAUAUCACACAAAUCGUUAAGCAAUAUUAACAUUUUCAAUUAGCAAUUUCAGUAUCAACGUGUUCCUGUUCUCCUUUUCAAUUUUUCUAGUUGGGCUAUAAUUGCAUUCGGUUGAUUUGACAUUAGAGCUGAGUUCUGAAGAUGUUGCAGUUACGCACUUCUUUCAUGAAAGGAAGCAGAAAGGACAUUGAGGGUCUUGUGCAACAGCCCUUCAUUUUUUGCCAUUGUGCUUGCUAAAUAGAUAAUCCUCUAGCUUACAAGCAUUGGCUUUAAUCAUACACAUUCUUUGUCUUUUGUAUACAAUUAAAAUAACUUGUAAGAGGUUACAAUUUUAUUCCUGCAACUUCAUGAAUAAAAUAAAAUUUCUAGCAUUUUCUCAGAGAAGUAGAACUUCUGGUUUUUUGUUGUAUCACAAAAGAGGGUGGUUUUUGGUCACUCGUUGCAGAAUUCAGUUGCCCUGAUGCUGCUUCUUGUCCCUCAUUAUUUUCGUGAUGAGUAUAAUGUGAAGAAGGAACUCCCUUGGUUUUUGCAAUUGAGUUUCCAGAGUACUCCACCGCAGUACGAAACGGGAGCACCUUCUGAACAAAACGUUGUUAAACAGGGGGUAGCUUCUAUUCAACUGCUUUCUGAAUAGUGUUUUCUUUGUACUUUUUUUAAAAAAAAGUAGCUCCAUUUACAACAUUUCAGACUGUUAGCAUCUUCAGCAUGUUCCUCUAAAAUACUAACGUCCACCUAUGCCAUAGUUAUUCAGAGGAUGCACUUCUUGCAUCAGAUUGCUUCUCCUGCUUUGUCAUUACUUCAGUUGCAGCAGCACAAGUGGCACAGUUAGCAAUAUUGAUGCAUCUUGCUGCCAGUCUCAGCUUUAAGUUGAUUCUCUAUCAUUUCUGAUGAUUUUGUAUGCUGCUAUGCUUUAGUAUCAAUUAUAAUUUCAGUGUUACAUGUUCUCCAUGCUGUUUGCCCUCUUUCAGUAUUCUACAGACCAAUCACAGCUGAUGGUGCAGAUGAAAUAAAAGCACAAUUUUGCCCUGUGUCAGAUGCUCUUGCCUCCAUUUGUGUAAUUACACAGGUAGUUCUCAGAAAUACUGAGUCUUUCCAUUCUUACUCGUACGUAAGAACACUAAACAAAUGAAAACAUGCUGUUAGAUCAAAAUACUGAAAUUCCUCCUCUCUUCCAGAGGAGUUAGAAUAAUCUUUCACAAUAACACCUGGCAGGUUAAAGUACAUAUAUUAAAAUUUAUUUUUUUAACAGAUGAAAUCAUCUUGUUUAAAAAAAACAUAUACCACGUCUUACAAAACUUAGGCUCUUUUAUAUAGCUGCAAAAGAAAAAUUUCUAUGCGUGCAAAUUUAACCACAGCUAACACUGUUUGAUAUUCAGUUUUAAGCAUGGGAAGAGGGCACUUCUCUAAGCAUUCACGUUCUUCUGAAGCCAAGGGAACGUCACCCUUUUCCUGGAAUUGAGAAAUCCUGAUGUAUAAAGUCCCUUUCCCCAGUGGAACUCUGUGACGCACUGGGAGACUGACGAGUCGGAGGGUCUAACUGGGUAAAAUCCUGAAAUGAUUUGUUGCACUCUUACGGCUUGUCUCUUCUGAAAUGGUUCAUUUGUUUGCAUGGGUCUGUUGCAGAUGUGUGUGAACUUGCUUCCUGUGGUUAGUGUGUGUAAAACAGCACACGUGCACAUGUUCUGGAUCAGCUCAGAUGAUCCACAGCCGACCUCGGUUGUGGCUAUUGAUGGGGAUUCGCGCUGAGCUGCUCACUGCCAUGCAUUCUGUACAUUUGUUUGUAACUUCUCAGCCUGCCGUGGUGCCAGGCAGCACAGCAUCCAGCAAGACAUUUUUUAUGUUCCUCCCCUUCCUGGCUUCACCUGUCCCCUUUCCCUCCUAAACAGUCCAUAAGACAUUUGCUCUAUCAUAUUGGCACUGCUGUGGCUUUGGCAUAAACUGCCAAUUAAAUUUGAAGUUUAAGGGGAUAUCAAGGCCUACAGAUAAUUCCAAUGUCUCAUUUUGUGACUUUAUUUACAA